UUUCCUCCUUGGUGGCACGAUUCACUUGACACAACUCAACCUAGAGGUGUAGCUGCAGAACAGGCCUGCAAUACCGGGGCUAAUAAUGACUGGCUGAGAGCAAGGCUUUGACUAUAUGCAUGGCACGGGCUGACGAUCAAAUUCUGACACUCUGACUCUUCUUCCCACAUGGUCCUUUCGCCCCCCUCCAUCUCCUCAUUUUCGCCCGCACUACACAUGCAACUGUAGCGCUGUCCGUGGCAUUCUCAGCUAUGAGAGGUGGAAAUGCGGAACUAGGCUUGGAACACCUCACUAUCACCUCACAAACGUGCUUUAUCUCGCGUAGUUCAUGGCUGCCGUUCACCCUCUCAGAGUCCAGACGGCUUGUCAUCCUCAUAUAGCGAGACGCUGUGAUACGAUGAAGAAGAUGGGGGCAGAAGUCUGACAUAUCCCAAAAGGCCUGGGCGAACAGGCAGCUGGGAUGAUUUUAUAGGUCAUCUUUUCUCCCCAGGUGCAACAAAGCUUUUGUACUUUCUCUCAUCUGCUGCUGUUUCGUAUUCCAGCUCCUUCAACAGCCUUCUGAGCUUACUCACUCAUCAUGUCUGCUGCAGCUGCUGCCCCUCUCCCUCCUGAUGAGGACCGCUCCAGUGUGUACAUUGGAACCAUCAUCGGGUUUAUGAUUCCUGCCGGUCUCAUAUUGAUCCUUCGGGUAGGGGUUCGCACUCUGAUGACCAAGAACAUGAGCUGGGAUGAUUGGUUGAUGAUAGCUGCGAUGCCUUUCUUAAUGGGUGGUGAGAUAUUGUCUAUCAUAUCAGCACAGCAUGGACUUGGGCGACACAUCAUGUACUUGGCACCCGAGAACAUGGUUGUUGCAUUGAAGGCGAACACAAUAGCGCAACCUCUGAACAUUCUUGGAUUGUUUUUUGUCAAAGCCUCGAUUGUGGCCUUGCUCAUUCGCCUCAAGUGCAAGACCCUCUACAAAGCAAUCCUAUAUACGUCAGUAGCUCUCCUGUUGGCAAUUUCGAUUGUCGGUGUGGUUGUUGCUUUUGCGCAAUGUCGGCCUUUUGAGAAGAACUGGUUCGUAACCAUGCCGGGCUCAUGCUGGUCUCGUGAUGUUUUCACCGAUGCACUUUAUAUUCUUCAAGCCAUCACUAUUGUGACCGAUCUGUGUUAUAUCAUCAUCCCAAUCUUUAUGCUUUGGAAUGUGCAAAUGGCCAAAUCCACCAAGCUCAGCGUCCUGGGUGUCAUUGGAUUGGGUGCUAUCUCCAUGGUGUGCUCUAUCAUUGCUAUCCCUUUUGCGCACCAGCUUGGAGUGAGUGUAGAUGUCACGUGGGAAAUUGUGGACCUGGCAUGCAUUAAGAUUGCCGAAGUCAACGUCGCCGUGAUCGUCGGAUGUUUGCCUCCCCUGCAGCCCAUCUUCAAGAAGGUCAACCAGCGUUUCUUCUCUCAGAAGACCGUCACAAACAAUACGUAUGAAGACCGAUUGGCCCGACUUAAACUCAAGCCCAGCGAGUAUGAAAUCCUCAGCGGCAAGUCCAAGAACAGCAGGAAGCCUAAGAAUGAGCUCGACUCGUACGACCAGACCUUCACCAGCGACACUACGAAGCGGGAUCCCAGCAUCGAUGGACACGAGGCAUUCCUGCUGGAGAAUGGGGCAGCUCCUGCGAUUCGCCCCAACGUGUAACCUUGGUCUCCCUUUCGUUCCUCUUCCUUCCACUCUUAAUCUCAUUUGCCUCUGAUUUUCAUCUCUUUCAAACCUCUCUUCGUGAUACCUCGGUUCUAAUAUCCCGGGACCUGCUCAGUCACGUGGAACAUUCUGUGCGCACGGGUAGAUUAUCUAUGCUCCCGUUGAUUCCCAGCAUGCUGGCUGAUGUAAAUAUAUGUUUCUCCUAAGAUUAGCACUAUCAAAAUACAUACUCUCCUUUACAAAUCCAGUACUUAAC